AGCGGUAGUGCCUAAAUAGUGGCGAUUGUCUUCACGAUGGGAACAGCGUGGAUCACGAUUUGGUGGUAAAAAAAAUAGAAACCGGUCUGUUGGCUUUCUGGCAAGCCACUAAGAAUGCUGUCAGACAACCACACACUGUGUGUAGUUGGGUUGCGAUCACGACUUGCCCACGCGCGGUGUUGUGCGAUGACGAAGCCUUAAAGAUGGAAGGAUCCUACAAACGCAGCUCAGUGGAGCGUCCCAGGGCUUGCGCGAGGGACGAUGGUGAAUCGUUGUCGAGCCACGGCGGUAGCAGAAGGGACAGACCUCGCUCGACCCCUUCAGUUAACGGCGGCUAUGACAGCAACGUUCGGAGGAGCGACAAGCGUGCCGGCUCCGCCAGGCAGAUCCGCACUCUGAGCGACUCCUGCUCGGAGGUGGGCAGCUCCGACUCGGGCUCCCACGAGCGCCGGGCCCACGCCCCCUUGCUCCGGGUCCAUCGAACGCUGAGCUCUCCCGCGAGCACCAUGGACUCAGAUGAGCUGGCGCUCUUGCGCUUCGUGCAAGAACUUCAGGAAUGGGUGCACGUGCAGCAGGCCAAGGUGGACCACGCAGGUUGGGGCAAGGACAUGCGAGAAGUCGACCUGCACCUGCAGAAGCAAACCGCUCAGCACGCCACCAUCAGCAACUUCAAAAGCAAGCUAGACGAGGCAAAGAAGUACGAGAAUGAUAUCUCGCAAUACCACAAGAUGUGCUACGGUGAACACCUUGGCGUGCUGUACCAACACUACCAGAUUCUGCUCGUCUCGUCCGAGCGGCGGCUCCAGAACCUGGAGUGUUUGAGGGUACUGGUCACGCACGCCACGGAGCAGUUGAUGCAUCUCAACGAGCAGGAGGAGGCGGAGCUGUCGUUCGACUGGAGCGACCAAAACCCCGACAUGGGUGCCAAGAGAGAUGCCCACGCUGUGCUGAUGAAGGACUUGGAGAAAAUGGAACUGACGUUGAAUCAAAUCCACAAGCACGGAGAGCACUGGCUUCAGCAGGGCCACCCAGCUGGGAAGACUAUCGAGGCCCUCCUGGCGGUGCUGCAGGUGCAGUGGGGCUGGGUGCUGCAGCUAUGCCUCUGCGUGGGGAAGCAUCUCCUGGAGAACACCGCUUACUUUCAGUUUUUCAGAGACGCGCAGGAUGCCGAACGUCAGCUUCUGGAGCUGCACGGUCUGAUGCAGAAGCAACGUGCCAACUCGCUCGCUGAUUACAGAGACGUCAAGAAAACUUCGAAGGUAAUCCUGGAGCGGCUGGAGGAGGUGGAGGUGGCCGUGGGAAACCUCUCCCGCAAGUCCACGCAGAUCGUACAGCUCAAGCCACGCCGCCCCGACCACGCCGUCGCUGCCCCCCUGCCCAUCAAGGCCAUCUGCGAUUACAAGCAGGACGGGGUGUGCGUGUGCCAGAAGGACCAGGCGUACUUCCUCCAGGACAACUCACGGCGAGUGUGCUGGCGCGUGUUCCUGCCGGGCGGAACGCAAGCCACCGUGCCCUCCGUAUGCUACAUCAUCCUGCCUCCCAACGGGGAGGCUAUCGCUGCCUCAGAGAGGCUGCAGGAGAUGCUGAAUGACGUGCGGAGGCUGUGGAGGCAGGUGCAUGCGGACAUGGAGGCUGCGCUGCUCUGGCACACGCUGCGAGAGGAGGUCACCACCGUGCACACGUGGACACUCACAGUGUUCAAGAGGAUGAAGGAGGAGGAGCACAUGAGCGUGAUGAGCAACUUGCAGGAGCACUACGAGGAGUUCCAGGGCACCCAGAGCACUUGCGAGAUCCUGGGCGACGAGAACUACGCUCACAUGGAGGCCAACGUGUGGGCCACGCAGCAGCACUACAAGAACCUCCUCAAGGCCAUCGGGCAAGCCUAUACGCCCCCUCCAGCCCGGGCGAGGGCGAGGAAGCCCUCUGAGGUGAGCGUGGAGCUGCGGGGAGACGGCGUCUCUCCUCACCCUCUGCCCCGCGAUGGAGGAGAAGGCGACCCAACACGCCAUGGGGCCUCACAAGCCGCGGCAAGCCAUCUUUACGGCAACCCCCCGACUAGUUUUACAGGAAAUGAUGAGAACCAUGAUGUAACAAAGGAAGAUGUAGUUGACAUCACACCCCAAAAGUCUUUAGCCAGGGCACUUCAGGAAGAUGUCAUAAUCUCUGUUGAGGUGAGCCAAGAGCAGGCUCGACCAGCUGUAACCCAACUAACCGCGUCCCAACGCGGCGGAGACACCAGCGGCACACCGACGGACGAGCCAGGAUAUGAGCUGUGUCACGUCGAAGCAAAAACGGUCACAGAGGAGCAGCAAGUGAUAACAAUGACCCAGGAGCUCCACAGCAGCAGCAUGGUCGUAACGAAGAGUGCAGCGCAGAGCCAGGAGGAAAGCUACAAGAACGCAGAGAUCACGGCCCACAUCGAGAAGCUGAAAGCUGAGAUGGCUAAGCUGUUUGGGGACAAAGCAAACAUGGAGGAGGAGAUGAGUCAGCUGAGAAGAGUCGCCGCGGAGACGGAGAGGUUGAAGCGGCGCGCUGAGGAGGAGGCAGUACGCCAGAGGAUGCUGGCGGAGCGUGCCAUGCAGGAAAAGUGCGGGGCGGAGGAGAAAGUGCUCGCUCUGGCCCGAGCGGAGAAGGAAGCGGCAGCGUUGUACCAGUCGGCGAUGAGCGAGGUGGAGAAGCUGAGGCAGAAAGCGGAGGAGGCGCUGGGUCUCAAGCAGCAAGCGGAGAAAGAAGCCCAUCGGCUCUCCAGGCUCAGAAAGGAGGCCAUGGAAAUCAAGCAAAUGAGUUGGCAGCAUCGGGAAGAGAGUGCCGCCGGCGAUUUGUCCGGUCGAUGUGUCAGGGCGGCGCAGGUGCGCCUGGAGAAUGUGAACAUCAUCAUGUCGCAGGUGGACGAGGCCAAGGUGGAAGCGGACCGACAGACGGCCCGGUACCAGCGGCAGCUGGACGAGGUGCAUCGGCUGAAGGCUCUGGCGGAAGGAGAGGCGGCGGCGAGGGCCCGGGCCCAGGCCGAGGCGGAGUCUCUGCGGCACGAGGCGGAGAGGGCGGCUCAGCAGCGGGGCGAGGCGGAGACGCGGGCCCUGCACCUGCGGGAGUGUGCGGAGCGAGAGAUGGAGCGGCAGCGCGCGGUGCUGGAGGAGACGGCGGCGCAGAGGGAGGGCGCCGAGCGGGAGCUGGCUGGGUUCAGGGCCCUGCUGCGGGAGAUGCGGGGCCAGCAGCUGCAGCUCGCCGGGGAAAAGGAGGAGCUCCGGGCGGAGGUCAGGGACGUCACGCUCAAGAAGGAGAAGGUGGAAGCUGAACUGCAGACGCUCAGGGCGCAGAUGCUGGAAAUGCAGAGGGGCAGCUCUGCAAGCCAAAGCCAGCAGCAGGAAACUCGGUAUGGAGUCACCAAAUGGGCAAGAGCAAUACCAACUCAAGACCUUGAAGAUGAACAAGAAUUAUCAUCCAAAGAUGAUCCUGACACUGAAAGCUCUACACUUAGCCAUGCUUUUAAUACCAAAUUCAUUCCCCAUGAGAACAAUGUGGACACUGGAAGUUUAAAAAAGCAAGAUGACAUUCCUCCAGUGGUGAAUCAUCAUCAGAUUGCUGACGACAAUUUUGAAGAGGCUGAUGCAAAUAGUGAAACAUCCGAUUUAGUUAUUAAGCAACGGAGCCAUGCUGUUCAUUGUGGUGACAUCUCACAACCGAGCCAAGGUGAGCAGUUAACAGAAACAACUCGGGAAGAGAAUAUCUAUGUUUCGGCCUUUGAGGAACGUGUAUACGAACCAAAGGUAGAACAAUCUUGCUCAAGCCAGACUGUGGAGGAGAACACUCUUGAAAAUAAUUCAGAAGAACAUGAUUCAGAAGUGUCAACUUUGGAUGGUCUUAUCUCAAAGGUAACUGUGCACAAGGAUAUUGAGAAGCCAGGUUCAGGGGGUGAUAUUUCCUUAACAUUGGUUGCGGAAGAUAUCAUCUCAAAGCCAAGCUUGGAGGAAGAUAUUCUGGUAACAAGUGAUGAAAAGCCCAUCUCAAUGUCAGCGCUAAAUGACAGCAUUUCGACUGUGGAGUUCAGCAUAGAGGAUAUAUCAAAAUCGGAUAUUGAAGAAGAUGCUUCAAAUGCAGUGGAAGUACAAACAAACUUGGAUGUAAGUGAAACUGUUACUGACAUAUCAAUUGAAGACAACACCUCAAUACCAACAUUUGAAGGAGUCAACCCAACAUCAACUGGAAAUGAGAGUAUUUUAAAACAUGUCCAAAGUGUUGAAAACUAUUUCGAAGAACCAACAACCUCUUUUGAUUAUGGAUUGAAUCCAAAUGAAGAAUAUAGCAGCGAUGAAUCCCCUCUGGACGAUAGCAUCUCAGCAUCAAUUACGGAUGGAAAUAUUACAAAAACACCAGUUGAUGAAGUAAUUUCACGUCCAGACCAGGGUGAAAUCCUGUUAGAAUCAAGCUUAACGCCAGAAGAGAAUACCUGUGAACCAAGCGUAACUGUGGAAGAGAAUGUCACAAACAUAUUGCUUGAAGAAAGAAUAUCGAGACGAACAGAGGAAGAAAUUAUCUCAUUGUCAAACCAAGAUGUAGAAAACAACAGCGCAAUACCAACUACUGAGGGUGACAUCGUUAAAUCGACACUAAACAGUACCGAAUUUGAUUCAAGCAUGGAUGACAACACCUCAGAUUCAUCCUCGGAAGACACCUCAAACCAAUUUGUGAAGGGCGGUUCAACACCAACCGUGGAAGGGAAUUUCUCAAACACAAGUCCAGAAGGUGACAUCUCGAUCCCAUUUCUUGAGGAGAACGUCUCAAGUCAAUACGUGGAGGAAUAUAUAUGGAAACCCACCGUGGGUUCAAAAACAUCCGACUCGCGAAUGUCUGUCGCAAGAAGCGGUCCAAAUGAAAUGGUGAUUCCUGGUCAAGUUGCUGAGGGGGUCAAUGUUACCUAUGCUCGUGCAGUUAAUGGGUCUGAUAUGUUGGGAGAAGAAAUUUCCGUUCAAAGAAUUGCUGAAGCCAAGUUAGACGUUGACCCGAAUGAAAACGGUUUUGGCAGUCAUAAUGAAUCGGAUGACAUUGACGCAAACGUCAUUGUUGAAACAAAUAUUCAGGAGCAUCCUUCCCAGGAAAGAGAUGUCGAGGUUGUAGUUGACAGUGUGGAGACAGAGAGAUACUACUUCAGCAAAUUGCUGUCGCAGGGUGGCGAAAACCAGGAAAAUGCAUUUAAUAACAGAGAGCUGAAUGCAUUUGAAAUAAAAAUGGACAUUAACAACGCACAGACAUCUACCGAUGCAGAUUCUUCCACUGACUCUCAUGGCUACGAUGAAGCAAUCCCUGAGCAAUGGAUAUCAGUAACAGAAAAUAAACUUUUCUUGGAGGAAACCGCCUACGUUCCUGGCCAAAGUCUACGAUACGUUGAACGCCCGAGAAUGUAUGUGACGUCAGGUCAGGGUGAACAUUACAGCAUGGCAACCGACGGUGAUUUUUCAGGGCUGAAAUACAGUGACGAGUACCAUGGGGGGUUUGGUGUGACUGGGGUUGCUCGGCAAAUACUGCAAGAGUCAUCUGUUGCUCCGGAUAUCAACAAAAGGCAAGUGGUAGUUGAACAUGAUUGGGUUCAGAGCUCAAAUGAAGCAAGCGAGGAAAUGAGAGACGCGGAAGUGACAUUGGCCAGCGAUAAUCUUGUCCCACUAUCGUACAACAGUUACCGACUUCCUCAUGUGUUCACCACAGCGGGGCUACCUCAGCUGCAUCCCGCGACAGAGAGCCAACCUAGUAAGGUGAUAUUAUUUAAUAAUUCCAAAAUGGCAUCCAAGGGGUUAUACUUUCCUCAGCUGCCUUCUGCAAGAAUGAAUCACGCCUCCGUUGGUGAAUAUGAUAAAAACUACAGGGCGGAGAAAAUCAGGAAGGAAGCAGAGGCCACUGUGCAAGACGGAAGUUCUUUUACGGAAAGGCCCACGAAAAAUACUUUGGUUCAUCAAAGCAGGAAAAAAACCAGCAUGUUUCAAGGGGACAGCUCACUCGACGAUAAGAUUAAGUGCAUGAAGAGCGAGCUGGAGCUACUGUUGCAGACCGUCAGUGAAACCAGUUCCGCUCGCCUGCAUAUACCACCGGCAAAUGAGCGAAUAUACAGAGAUGAGUAUGACCCUUGUUUUCUAAAUUCAGCUGCAUCCGGUCAUUCAUCAACAUUUACUCCUGGAGUGGGACUCAACAGCACGAUGGAUGUCAGCACCAGUUAUGCGAUCACCCAAGUGCAGGCUGCGUCACUUGAAGAUCACUCUGCCAGGCACCGGGACAAUGAAUGCAGCGCGUGGGAUUGCAAUGCUCCUGCAUUUUCGACAACGUACACAGGCACGCUUGAGAGGACAUCUCUCGAAACAAAACCACAGGAGGUCACUCUGCAAGGCCUGCGUGCGCCGGUGACGCUCAAUGAGCUGAUCUCGUCGAAGGUGAUCGAUCAUAAAACGGCGACGCAAAUCAAGAGCGGGGCCGUGACAGUCCAGGAGGCCUCGAGGCGGCUGGCGCCGUACCUGCAGGGCAACAAGGUCAUCGGUGGCCUCUACAUCGAAUCGGUCAGGGAGAGGGUGUCCAUCUACAACGCCAUCCGGCGGCAGAUCAUCCGGCCCGGUUCGGGCCUCCAGCUGCUCGAAGCUCAGGCCGCCACGGGCUUCAUCAUCGAGCCCGAGACGCGGCGCAAGCUGAGCGUGGACGAGGCGAUGCGCCACGGGGUCAUUGGCCCGGAGUUCUACGACAAGCUGCUGUCGGCCGAGCAGGCCGUCACGGGCUACAAGGACCCGAUUACCGGAGAGCACCUCUCGCUCUUCCAGGCCAUGCAGCGUGGGAUGAUCGUGAGGGUGCACGGCCUGCGCCUGCUGGAGGCGCAGGUGGCCACCGGUGGAAUCAUCGACCCCACGUUCAGUCACCGCCUGCCGCUCGAGGUGGCGUACGCCAGGGGCCUCAUCGACAGGGGCAUCACGUGCACCCUGGCCGACCUGAGCGACGACAACAAGGGCUUCUUUGACCCUAACACCGACGAGAAUCUCACGUACACGCAGCUGCAGCACCGCUGCGUCCCGGACCCCGUGGGCGAUCUCCUGCUGCUGCCCCUCGUCCCGAAAUCUGGCAGCAGGGCAGAGCCGGCGGACCUGCAGUUCGCUCACGGGAGGGUGAAGAUAUACCGGGACGUCAACAGUUUGUAUCGCAAGAUCGUGUCUUCGGUGCCGUAGUGAGGGCGGGAGCUGGUGCUGCCCGCGUGUGUAAAACCCAAUUGUUGGAUAUGAAGCAAGCGGUGGCAGCGGCUCAUUGUUGCUGCAGCAUCUUCGGGGGGUGGGGGGGUAGAUGGACAGCGACUGGACAUCUGUGAAAAAAGAGCUUCAUGGCUCAUCGGAUUCCUCCAGUAUAAAUAAACAUAAUGAUCCUGAGAAGGCACCCUGCGCCAGCCGCAAACGUGUCUAGAUAUGGCUCUGGAUGUAUAUGAAAAUAGAGCAAGAGAGGAACGUAUUCGUAUUUUUCAUUAAAUAAUUUUUCGUGAUUUUUUUUGGUUGCAGCAUCAAUAGGUAUGUAAGUCAGAAAGCAUUCGUUAAUUUUAUAGAAUAUUUUUAAACGUUCAUUAUUUACUUAUCCUAAGAGGAAAGGGAUCCACCUGGCUGCCACGUAUAAACUAGAACUUGCAUAGAAUGUGGACUUUUUAAAGCCAUUAUAAAUACACACGUUCUAUGUCUAACCCAAUUUUAAAGGUUUACCUAUUAGUUGUAAAUAUUUAAAAUAGUCUACCAAUGUCUAAUCAUUAAUUAUUUUAAGGCUAUGUUUGAGCGAUCUUGGUUGUAUUAGGCACUGCAGGUGCCUACAGCUAUUUGCAUAAAUAAUGAGAAAGUAUAACAUUAUACAACUUAUAGUUUCCCUCUAGAUUUUGGAUUUGCGAGUUCGUUCUGGUUGGACUUUUAUGCUAUUUUUCUUGACCUAUAGCUCGGUUGUAUACCCAUAAAACCAGCAGUGGCGGUACAAUCGACUAAUAAGUUACCUGUUGCAACAACACCUUUGGAACCAGCCCUAUAAUGUCGUCCUUUACACUGUUAUAUUUGCCAAAGAGUCAUUUAUAAGUCAUGUCUGUAUUAACACAACUUUGCCUUAAUUCUUUGCAUGUACCAAAAAAUAUCUACAAAAGCACUUGACCUUUUAAAUACUAAAUUAUGCAAAUAUAUAAACAAAAAAGCAUAAUAUGCAUGUAAACACAGCUGCAUUUUGGUGUUGCUUUUCUCUUUUCAGAAGGCAUGUCUAUGCUCAAAGUUAUUAAUAAAGAUACUCCUCUAUAAAAUGGGAA